AUGCCGCCAAGACGUGACCCAACUCAGGAUGCACUGAAUCAGAUGAUGACAGCUCAGGCACAGCUCAUGCAGAUGAUGACCCACAAGGACUUAGUCACCUGUGAGUGCACCGAGGCAGAGAAGAUUAGGUUCACCGCUCAUCUACUAGAAGGACCUGCUGCAAUGUGGUGGGAGACUUAUCAACUUACCCAUCCAAUAGAUGGCUUAGACUGGGAAACAUUCAAGGAGGGAUUUCGUACUGCCCACAUCUCCUCGGGUAUUAUGAAUCUCAAGAGAGAUGAAUUCCGUAGUCUGAGACAGGGUGGAAGGACUCUGAGGGAAUACAUGGAUGACUUUUGUGCUUUGGCAAGGUAUGCCCAUGAGGACAUCGACACUGAUGCUAAGAGGAAGGAGAAGUUCCUCAAUGGACUUAAAGGUGAACUGAAGAUUCCCUUGACUGUAGCUUAUGCACCCAGUUACCAGUCCCUACUUGAUCAAGCCAUCGCUCUGGACAAUAAUAUCAAGAAGGAGGAGAACCGCAAGAGGAAGUUUGGCAAUAAGGGUCACACUGAACCGUUCCACAAGAAGCACCAUUCUUCUGAUGGGAAUGGAAGUCACAGCUCGCACAGGCAUAACAAUCAUUUCAGCAAGGGGAAUGGCAACAAUUUCAAUGGUCACAAGUUCAAUGGAGGAUUCACGGGAAAUCAUUCAAAUGGGAAUCACGGUGGAAACAAUGGCCGUCACAAUGGGGGUAACGGACACCCCAAUGGAAAUAAUGGCCAACACCGACACAAUUCAAGAGACUUGUCCCAUAUUACCUGCUUCAAGUGUAAGAAGACUGGACACUUUGCCACUGAAUGCCCAGAGAAUAAGCAUGUUGAUGCCACCAAGUCAAAUACAUUCCAGAAGGGACAGGCGAACCAUCUCAACGUGGAGGAAGUGAUGAAUGAACCUGACGCUGUGAUGGGUAUGUUUCCACUCAACUCAUUUACAGCAUUGGUUUUAUUUGAUACUGGUGCAUCACAUUCAUUCAUAUCAAGAGCUUUUGUGAAUAAAAAUGGAUUACCCACUGAAACAAUAGGUAAAACAAUUAAAGUAAGUUCUCCUGGUGGAGAGAUGAUAGUUAAUUCUGGAUGCAGAGAUUUGAUUCUAGAGAUUGGCCCCUAUAAAUUCCCCGCUCACUUAGUAAUCCUAGAAUCACAAGGUUUGUAUGUUAUAUUGGGGAUGGACUGGAUGACAACCCAUAGAGGAGUCAUAGAUUGUGUGAGUAAAUCGAUCACUCUCACAACCCCCGAGGGAAAAAGAAUUAGGUUCAAAUCCCGAUUGGACUUUAGAGAAAUAAGACUAGACAAUCUUAAGGGGGUUAGCCUAGACCAGGUACACAUAGUCAAGGAAUACCCUGAUGUUUUUCCCGAGGAGCUACCUGGAAUGCCUCCUGAUAGAGACGUGGAAUUCCUUAUAGAACUGCUUCCGGGCACAGGCCCUAUAGCAAAGAGACCUUAUCCUAUGUCUACUGAUGAGUUGAAGGAACUCAAGAAACAGUUGAAGGAGCAGUUAGGGAAAGGUUUCAUUAGGGAGAGUUCGUCUCCGUGGGGAGCGCCUGUUCUGUUUGUUGAGAAGAAGGACAAAAGCCAGCGUUUGGUUAUGGAUUACCGUUCGCUAAAUGAGGUUACCAUCAAGAACAAAUACCCCCUACCCAGAAUCAAUGACCUUUUUGAUCAGUUGGUUGGAGCUAGUGUGUUUUCCAAGAUCGACCUUCGGUCUGGAUAUUUUCAGCUCAAGAUUAGAGAGCAUGACAUCCCCAAGACAGCCUUUGUCACUAGAUAUGGUUCAUAUGAGUAUACGGUGAUGCCUUUCGGCUUGACCAAUGCCCCUUCAUACUUCAUGAAUAUGAUGAACAAAGUGUUCAUGGAAUUCCUUGACAAGUUUGUCGUAGUCUUCAUUGACGACAUACUUAUCUACUCCAAGAGCGAAGAGGAGCAUGAGAAACACCUUCGCCUGAUAUUGGGGAACUCCGAGAACACCAGCUAUAUGCCAAGUUUAGUAAAUUCGAAUUUUGGCUCCGCGAAGUAG